AAUGCCAGUGAACUGUCAUCGAAUAUUCUGCUAUCGUGAGCGCUGCAGAUUCUCGUCACUAGGUUCUUUCAUUUUUCUGUGCAUACUGUUUUCACGUUUUCUUUUGUAAAAUUAUCUCUGCCCCGUAAAAAACCAGAGAAUUUGUGACCCGGUUGAAAUAGUGGACAAUCCCAACAGAUAACCACUCUCAUCGGAACAUCCAGUGCAGCGUAAAUAUGGGAGGAUUAUUUAGCUACUUCCGUGGCCUACUUGGGAACCGAGAAAUGCGUAUCUUGAUUCUCGGAUUAGAUGGAGCUGGAAAGACCACUAUCCUAUACCGACUGCAAGUUGGCGAGGUAGUCACAACAAUACCUACGAUCGGUUUCAACGUUGAGCAGGUGACGUACAAAAACCUCAAAUUUCAGGUGUGGGAUUUAGGUGGCCAGACCAGUAUAAGGCCGUAUUGGCGGUGUUAUUACAGUAAUACAGACGCUAUCAUCUACGUGGUAGAUUCGGCAGAUAAGGAUAGGAUAGGCAUAUCGAAAGAUGAGCUCUUUUAUAUGUUAAGGGAAGACGAAUUGGCUGGUGCAAUUUUGGUAGUACUGGCGAACAAACAGGACAUGGAGGGUUGUAUGAGUGUAGCGGAAGUGCACCAAGCUCUCGGUCUAGAAGCACUGAAAAACCGAACGUUCCAAAUUUUUAAGACAUCUGCCACCAAAGGCGAAGGUUUGGACCAAGCGAUGGACUGGCUAGCAAAUGCAUUGCAAUCCCGGAAAUAGUUCUAGUGAGAGCCAGUAUAUUCAACAAACAAAAAACAACCGCAGGAGCAGCGUUCAAGAACCAACAACCAAUGCAGCAGGGGAAUUUAUCAAUCGGACUAGUUUUUCAUGUUUGAUAGCGUAAGUGUUAAUAAUGGUGAAAACAGACAACAAUGAUGGAGGCAUGUCCUCUAAUUGGUUCAAAUUUGACAGUGCGAAUUGGCUUUCUCGCAAAAAAACAGGAAAAAUCCGUAUUUAGUUUUGUAAGUCAUGCGUUUUUGGUUCGUUUUUCUUUGCCUUUCAUGGCUCGAUUAGCUUCUGCGGAGGACUCCGCAAGAAAGAUUCUUGUCGCAUUAAUUUAAAUUAUCAUAAAUAUAAAAGUAAUAUAUACAAAUAU